CGCCCACUGUAGAUUCGCUUGGCAUCGGGUUGGAGCAGAGCACGGAGCGGCGGCUGCCAGAACGCAAACAUGUCAUCUGAAGAAUGGACACCCCAAGAAAGCGACUCAACAACCUCAAAGCUGAUGAGGAAGUCUAAGGAGUCACCUUUUGUCCCUAUAGGAAUGGCUGGCUUCAUGGCAGUGGUAGCUUAUGGCCUCUACAAACUCCGCAGCCGUGGGGACCAGAAGAUGUCAGUACAUCUCAUUCACAUGAGAGUUGGUGCCCAAGGAUUCGUGGUUGGCGCUAUGACCUUUGGUGUAUUAUAUUCCAUGUACAAGGAAUAUAUCAAGCCUCGAUUUGAAGAUCAUUCUGAUGAAUGAAGAAGGAACAUAUAUUGUCACCGUAGACCUGUCUGGUAAUCAACCUUCUGAGGCCUGGACAAGCUUUUAACUAUUGUGUUUUCAAACCGUUUAAUCACUAAUUUACCUAUUCCUUGCUACAAUACCACAUAUAGGCAGUUUUAUUGAUUGUGAUGAUUAUGUACCAGUAAAUCAACAGUUUUUUUUAAUA